GCGCCGGCGCCACCAACGCCGUCGUCGCCCGAGUGCCGCGCGCCAAGUGGUGCUGCCCUGGUGCUCCAGAGUGGUGCGUGUGGUGAAAAAGGGGGGAGGGGAGAGGUGGUGGAGAAGAAGGCCAAGAGAGGAUUGAGUGUGGUGUGCUGUGAAGAGGCGGGGCGCAGGCGGGGAUUUGUGUGACCGGAGCCUCGCUGCUACGAAAGGAACUCGUCGACUUAUCGCCAGGUUUAUUGGAGCUGGUUUAUAAACUGUUUACUAGAUAAGAGAUGAGUACAUAACGGCACGUUGGCGACGUGAGAGGCUGACGAAUGAGACGAAGUUAGAAGAAACGGGUGUAAUUUACGUCGUUGCACAUAGUGGCGUAAUGUUCGGUCCGCAAGGCAAUGCUGGCUGGCCCAGGAGGCAGAGUUGGGGCGCUAUUGCGCUGCCCGCUUUGCUGCGAGUCGCCCACGCACUUUCGGGCUCGGCCUGUGUAUUCUCGGCCGCCCGUCGCGAGAUCCACGCGAUGCCUGGGGCGGAGCACAGCGCCCGAACAGGCACGGCUGUCGUUACGUGUAUGUGUGUGUGGCGGGGGAGUGAUGAUGAUUACGUAAUGGUUGUGGUUUUCUGUGGUGGCGGCACAGUUGGCGGCCGGUGUCUGCUAGCCGUUGGAGGCAGCGGUAUGGUCGUCGCACUGGCUGCGACUGUGGAUGAGGAGGCGGCGGUGGGCGCCGCGGGCCACGGUCGAGUGGGCAGAGCGAGGGCGUGGGCGUGGGCGGGGGCGUUUUACAAAUGGCGCUCUCGGCCGGCGCUUCUUGCGGCGGCCGAGGGGCAACUGACUCCAGCAGCCGGCGCGGCGGCGUGGGCGGUCGCCGCAAGCGGAUAUGCUCGCUUGUUCGCCCCGAAUGGGUAG